AUGCUAACUGUUUCAAAGCCUGUUGCGAAGAAGAUUGCCAUUGCUGCUGGUGUGGCUGAUUUCAACAUUCUCCAAAACAAUGGCAGGAUAGCUCAUCAGGUCGUGGACCAUAUUCCAAAGCCCAAUGAACCGGAAGGUCUCGGCAUUCGCUGGCCUGCCAAGGAAGCAGACAAGGAAGACCUCAAGGCUCUCUUGGAGGAGCUCAAGUCCAAGAUGUAG